AAAACAACUAACACACACCAGUAUCAAUUAAGCAGAAACAGAGCUAUGCCUUGUAAAAAAAACACAGAGCUAUGCACCACCGACCGAUGUGAACCAUCCCCUUUCCACUGUGAAACUUCAAGACUUGGCAGUUGACACGACCCCAUGACACUGUGUUUACUGCUGAAUUUCUCCAGAAAUGUUGCUGUCAUGUCACCCCUCAUCAAUGUGGACGGACCAAGCUAUACUUUUCAUUUUCUUCAGCGAUCACGCGUCUGCAUUUCCCUGGGUGAUAAACAAGUGCAGCAACAACUACUACACGAUGGCGCCAUGGCGAGCCCGAUGCGUGGCUGACCCGUCGAGGUCGAGAAUUGCGGUGCAAGGGUGUGGACAAGAAGCAACGCGAAAAGAGCACUCGUAGUGGACAUGGAUGAUGCGUCGUGUGCAUUCGGCUCCAUUUUUCCUCCCUCGCCGGCCACCACCUACUCUCUCCCGAGCCCCCAAAAUCCUAACAAACAAACAAUUCCAAGAGUCAGUGAGAAACCGUCUGCCACUGCGAAGACUCCACGGCAAGCAAGGAGUACGCUGCUAGAAAUUCAAGGUCCAUGAUCGUCUAGUGCUCGAUCGCUUCCCUCCCGGCGAGCCGGUCAAUGGAGCCGGCGAGGUUCUUCCGGUGCGUGCCGGGCCAUGGGCGGUUGGAGGAGGAAGACGAUGAGGAGCAGAGCAGCGGCGGGUGCUUCUUGGACGUGUACGUGCACGGCGCGCGCGGCAUCCACAACAUCUGCAUCUACGCGGACCAGGACGUGUACGCGCGCUUCUCCCUCACGUCCAGCCCGGGCCACGCGCCGGCGCUCUCCACGCGCGUGGCCAAAGGAGGGGGCGCCAGCCCGCGCUUCGACGAGCGCCUCCCGCCGCUGCGCGUCCGGCGGGGCAGGCUCGGCACCGACGCGCUCAAGUGCGAGGUGUGGAUGCGCAGCUGCGCGGAGAGCGUCCUCGAGCACCAGCUCCUCGGGUUCGCGCUCGUGCCGCUCGCCGAUGUCGCGGCCGCCGACGGCGCGCGGAUGCCGCGGCGGGAGUUCUCUCUGUCGUCCACGGAUCUCACCCACUUGCCCGCCGGCACGGUGAGCCUCUCCCUCGCCCUCCGCUCAGGCCACGGCGAUGCGUGCAGCGUGGGGCCGUCGGAGUGCGUCGUGGCGGAGCCGUCGAUCACGUCGGAGGUGGUCAUCCUCCAGCCGCAGGCGCCUCCGGUGGACUACUUGGGGAUCGAGUUCCCAGACCUCAACACGGCGAGAGAGAACGAGGACAUGGCCGUGCAGUACCUGCCGUUCUUGCACCUCGGGAUGGCCCCGGCGGACGCCAUGGAGACGGGCACGAGCCCGCGCGGCGAGAAUUCGAUGCCGGUGUCCUCCGACGGAAGCAAGAACGCCUCGACGACCACCACGACCAGCGACGACAGGGCGAUCGACGUCUCCUCCUCGCCGGCGACAAAGAAGCCGCAUCACGGCGCCCACGAAGUAACCGUGUCGACGCCGAUGUGCCGCGCCUCAGUGGACGCGCCGAUGUCCAACGGAGCGGCGGCGGAGGGCAAGGAGAAGGGUGGCGUUUUCAAGUCUCCCAUGGCCACGUGCGACAUCGUCGACAUAGAGGCGGAGCAGAGCGCGAUGCAGCGACAGAUCAUGGAGAUGUACGUGAAGAGCAUGCAGCAGUUCACCGAGUCGCUGGGCGCGAUGAAGCUGCCGAUGGAGCUCGACGGCGACGGCGGCGCCGGGGUGGUCGUCAAGCCGGAGGCGGAGGCGGGGAAAGACGGGGCGAGGGUGUUCUACGGAAGCAGAGCUUUCUUCUGAAGAAGUCUGCAAUUAUUCAGAGUGUUGUGAAGAGACCUACCAGGAUUAUUCAGAGUGAGGAAAAUCUGAUCUCUUCUUGCAGAGGUGCUGAUCGAUCAGAGCGUGGUCUGAUGGUCACUGGGUUUUGAUUGUUCAUCAUCGUUGUUGAUUUGAUUCGUUCGUGCAAUUGCCAAUUAGUACAGUAUAUCUCAAGCUAAGAUUGACAUGUGGAGGGGAAUGAAAUUUUGUGUGUGUCCUGCGAAUGCAGAGCUUUCUUUCUUCUGUAGAGACUACAAUUUAUUCAGGGUGCUCUGUAUAAAAUCUGCCGUUAUUCAGAGUGAGGAAAA